CGAAUUCUCGAGCAGCUCGUAACGACGAGGGUUUAGGCAGUGGCAAGGACAGCCGAUUCCGGUGGUCUGCUCCGACUCCGUUCGCGACCGAGGCGUGAUCCCCUUCAACCGUCGCCGCACUCCGCCGCCACGAUGCCUCGGUAUUAUUGUGACUACUGCGACACCUACCUGACCCAUGACUCGCCAUCUGUCCGUAAGCAACACAACGCGGGAUACAAACAUAAGGCAAAUGUUCGAAACUACUAUCAGCAAUUUGAGGAGCAGCAAACUCAAAGUUUAAUUGAUCAAAGAAUCAAGGAACAUCUGGGACAAGCUGCAGCUUUCCAAGUUGGUGCCCCUUUCAACCAACAUAUUCUCUCAUUCCCAGGAGGCGUGCCUCGUCCUCGUCUUCCGAUUCUACCCACACCCAUGAUGCCACAUGGUGUCCCUCAAGCACCUGGUGCACUGCUGAUGCCAGGAGUAAGGCCUCCUAUUUUACCAGCUCCUGGUGUUCCAGGUUAUCCUGGUGCUCCACCAAACAUGCCGCAACCAGGCGCCCCACCUGGUUCCAUGCCUAUGCAGAUGGCACCUCUCCCAAGGCCUCCGACACUACAACCUCCAACAUCUGGAGCCCCAGUCGCCCCAAUUCCCAACAGCGGGGCACCUCCAUCCAUGUACCAAACAAAUCCACCACCUGCAGGCCCAACUUCUGGGGCACCUCCAGCCAUGUACCAAACAAAUCCACCGCCACCUGCAGGCCCAACUUCUGGUGCUCCUCCGGCUCCACCGACUGCUCCACAGCCUGCAUUUUCCUACGCACAACCAUCUGAAGGCACCCACUGAUUCUGCCCUUCAGGCGUGUUUACUUGGAAGCAUAUGAAGUAUGCAUGGAAAGGUUGCUCCUUUGAAAGUUGAUGCUGCUAUCAUGUAACUGUGGUCAUUUCUGUAUGUCUGUCACUUGAAUUUGAGGGAUCGUUGAGAAAAGUUUCCUGAAAGUUUAUUAGGCGCAGUUGAGGACAGUAUUCUAGUUGAUGUAAGUUAACAUUGUAAUCGACCGAAGUCCAUAUUAAUUUAAGAAGACACUUGGGAGUCAAAA